AAUCGAAAUCGAUUAUUUCAAAAACUAACCAAUGGGAACUCUUACUUCUUACUGCUUAGUGCCAUUGUAGACGAUCCUUAAGACCGUGCUCUUAACCUUUAAACUAUACGGUGUGUAUUUUGCAUUGAAUGUGAUUGAAUGGAAUUGUGUUGUUUUUCUAGUUACUUCAUAAAAUAAUAUUUAUCAUUAUCUUAAUUAGCUAUCAUAAAGUUGUUGAAAUAUUUAUGUGUGAUAAUGUCGAAGAAAAUAGUACUUGGUCAAAAAACUAUUCAGUCUACAAUUACGGGAUUUCUAACUAAAAAGGCGGAUGAAAAGAAUACAAUCAAUACUUUGCAAUCAAGUACUCCAAAAUCUGAGAAGAAAGAGAAAAUUGACUUAAGUGAUGAAUCGAUAAAUGAUUCAUUACUUGAUUCAUGUGCUGAUAAACAAGGAAAGACAGCUGGUGAUUUCAUCACAAUAGAUACGAUUAUAGAUCUUAAUAAUUCAGAUAGUUUAGAUUCAUUCCCAUUCACCAAAAGCCCAUUCACGACACAACCGAAUGUAAUUCACGACACCUCAGAACCGUAUUAUGUUGAAAACUCAAUAGAAGAACAGGAGAGACUCGGCAAGGAAUCCAGGAAGGAAUCCCCAAUUCUGAAUCGAAAACCUGUCGAUUUUGUGAGAAUCUAUUCUUCAAUUAUUUCCGAAUCUUCCGAUAGCGAGGAAGAUAGGAGAAGCAGUACAAGUUGCUUGCGCUUAAAUCGUAAACCAAACAAAGCACUAGUAGAGAAAGAUAAGACAAUGCAGGCUAGUGUGUCAGAGACCAAUAAUUACGUCGAAUGCAACAAUGAAGAUUUUACCUCUAACAGUGUAACAUCAUUAAAUAAAUGGAAAGAAGAAUUUAAUGAAGUAACCAAUAUAAUGCCAAAAAGCAUGGAAAAUGAAGACAAGCUCCUACAAACUCCUCCAAAAGAUGUCAAUAACAAAGAACAAAAAAAUAAUAUAAUUUCUGAUUCCGAUACCGACGGUUCUCCAUCAAAAUGUAAAGAAUUGUCGAGAACGAAAUGGACCGGCCCUGAUAUUAGAUUAAAUCUGAAAGAUUUAGGUUUAAACAAGCAAUUAGGCUCGUGGAUUGAGUUUAUUCAAGGAAAAGCAGUGAUGUCUACGAUACCCAUCACGAAGGAAAAAUUGCUGGCGAGACGAAGAGAUCUGAAAGAUCUUCAAACCGAAGUCCUGGACAAGUUUUGCACCGCGCUCGAAUUGAUUCCGUUACCGGUACUGGAACAAUUUCCCAAGUUUGAUCCAGAAUCCUUCAAGAAGCUGCAAGGCCUGCAUAGACACGUGAAGGCCAAAUUGCGUUUGGUGCAAACGAAAUUGUUAAAAUUACAGAAAGAAUAUGAGACGGAUGUAUCAGAGUCUUCAGAGACUCCCGAAUCCGUAUCACUAAGAUCGUGUGGAACGCCGACUUCGAAAGUCGCAUCGGAAAGUCUAACAAACAGCUACGGAAAUUUCAACACGCCAGAUACCUCCAGGAGAAUAGACUUUAAUCAAGGCUCGCCGAAUAAUGCGGAAUUGCGUACAAAAGAGCACAGCAGUAAUGCGGAAUUCACAUCGCCGGAUAAAUUACCCAACAUUGCAGGCCCGAGUAAAAAGAGCACUUUCCAGUUGAAAAGACCGGUCAAGACGAUAUUAGGCACUGAGGUUUCCAAAACGAUAGCGGAAAUGUGGGAGAAGGAUCAACAGAUGUCGAAGAUAGCGAAUUCGACGAUGGACUCCGACUACGAUGAAGCCAAGCUUAUAAAGGAUACGUUUAAUGACAGCGUCAGGACACUGCCAAGGGAUGAGAAAAGUGUAUCUAUGCAAAGGAAUAACGUGAAGGACAGUCCUGGUAGCUGGAUUAAUAGUAAUAAAUCGCAAGUGUUUGAGACACUGACGCAAGAGUUGAAGCAAUUUCCAGCCCUGGGAGAAGAUUGUAACGUGGAUAUAAGUGACGAUUUCAUAGAUUGGCCUAAAACUAAUCCCAUGCAGGGUAAUAAACAGAGUAGCGAUAAAACGAAAUCGAAACCUGAAGCGAAUAGCGUGGAAUACGGAAAAUUUACUGGCAAUUAUAAGAACGAUGGUAUCAGCGGCGAAUUCGAUAGUUUAACGUAUUCACAUUCGGAAGAAAUGUUGAAGAUAUUCCGACAGAUAUUCGGUUUAUAUACAUUCCGGCCAAAUCAAUUGCAAGCUAUUAACGCAACACUUUUGGGAUUUGACUGUUUCGUUCUCAUGCCAACGGGAGGCGGAAAAUCCCUUUGUUAUCAAUUGCCAGCACUUUUAAAUGCCGGAUUAACAGUUGUCAUCUCGCCAUUGAAGAGUCUUAUUCUCGAUCAAGUUCAAAAACUUAAUUCUCUCGAUAUUCCCGCUGCUCAUUUAUCUAGCGCUAUAACCGACAAUGAUGCGGAGAAAGUGUACAGAGAACUUUCGAAGACGGAACCCGCUCUCAAGAUACUGUACGUGACGCCGGAGAAAAUUUCUGCCUCGCAGAAAUUCUGUAACACUCUGACCAAUUUAUACGAGAGAAACUUGUUGGCAAGGUUUGUCAUCGACGAAGCACAUUGUGUUAGCCAAUGGGGUCACGAUUUCAGACCCGAUUAUAAAAAAUUGAGGUGUCUGAGGGACAACUAUCCUAAAGUGCCUAUAGUAGCACUAACCGCAACCGCCACACCACGAGUUAGAACGGACAUUUUACAUCAAUUGGGUAUAAUGAAGCCAAAAUGGUUCAUGUCAAGUUUUAAUCGGCCUAACUUGCGGUACAGCAUAAUUUCCAAAAAGGGAAAGAACUGUUCCGACGAGGUUAUUGCCAUGAUUAUGACAAAAUUCAGGAACCUCUGUGGUAUCGUGUACUGCUUAUCGCGCAAGGAUUGCGAUGAUUACGCAGCGCAAAUGAAAAAGAAUGGUAUUAAAGCAUCAAGUUAUCAUGCGGGACUCUCGGACAAUCAGCGAAGCAGUUGUCAAGGGAAAUGGAUCUCUGACGAAAUACACGUUAUAUGUGCAACUGUAGCUUUUGGGAUGGGCAUUGAUAAGCCGAACGUGCGUUUUGUGAUACACGCAGCUCUACCGAAAUCCAUUGAGGGCUACUAUCAAGAGAGCGGCCGCGCUGGUCGCGACGGCGAAUUAGCGGAUUGCAUUUUGUUCUAUCAUUAUGCGGACAUGCACAGAAUUAGGAAAAUGCUCCAAUUAGAUAAUUCGAGUCCACAUGUCAUCAGUACACACAUGGAUAAUCUGUUCAAAAUGGUGGCGUUCUGUGAAAACACCACGGACUGUCGCAGGGCGCUGCAGCUAAAUUAUUUUGGUGAGAUAUUUGAUAGACAACAGUGUAUCUCCAAUAAAACAACUGCAUGUGACAACUGUAGGAGCAAGGAGGAUAUCACGAUGUUAGAAGUGACAGAAGACGCGAAGGAGAUCAUGAGAGCCGUGCGAGAUAUCAUCAGCAGGAAGGCUUGCAACCUCACGCUGACAUUCUUGACGGACAUUUUCAAGGGUAGUGACCUCAAGAAGAUCAGAGAAUCAGGUCUUACGACACAUCCCUUGUACGGUCGUGGCAAAGCGUGGAACAAGAGCGACAUAGAACGUCUCUUGCAUCACAUGGUGCUGCAAGAGUAUCUGCAGGAGACCAUGUAUAUCAAUAAUGAAAUUGCUUGUGCAUAUGUAAAGAUCGGACCAAAAGCUAGCGAACUCAUGACGAGAAAAAAUGCUAAGAUUCAGCUUCCAAUAAGACAAUCGAACAGAUCUACCAGUGGUGUGGCAACGGUUUCGACAGUUACAAAGGAAGUGGAUGGCAUUAUAAAAGAGUUGCAGGAUCGUUGUUACGCCGAAUUGAUGACCAUAAUAAGAGGCAUUGCUGGUGCACUGGACGUCUCCGCUUCUUCUAUUAUGAACAUGGUAGCUAUCAGAGCAAUGAGCCAGCGUUUACCAGAGACCGAAGAGGCCAUGUUGCAGAUACCACACGUUACCAAAGCUAAUUUUGUCAAGUAUGGUAAAGCUCUCUUAGAGAUUACGCAAAGAUAUGCGGCUGAAAAAACAGUAUUAUUAAACGAAGAAAAUGAAGACGAAAAGAAUAGUGUAGAUGAUGAUACCUGGAAUAACGAUUCAAGCUGCUCUCGUAGUAGCAGUACUAGUAAUCGCCGUGGCAGGAAACGAAAAGUCGGCAGUAAUUCUAACACUACUAGUAAAAAAUAUAAACGGGGUGGCUCAAGUGCUUGGAGGGGAAAAGGUUCGUCAAGGGGUAAAAGUGCGGCAACGAAACAGAACGCAACCACGAAGAAAGUAGUAGGGCUGGCGAGUUUCAGUCAAACGAAACAAUAUCUCGCAAACCCUAAUAGAUACAUGAACAUUAGUUAAUCUCCUUUUUUAUAAAUUAUUUCUGAUGUUCACGACGGCACAGAAUAUAAUUCUUGUACAAAU